CGGCUUUCAGCAAGCACAUGCGAUGCAACGCCUAGCUUAGCAUAGCGGCGGGUCCUCGGGAAAUGUUUUAUAUCUUAACAUAUUUUAGAAUCCGUCCGAUUCGUUUACGAUCAUGUAUGUCGAUUUAUAAUGCAUAUUAUCAAAAAAGAAAAACCGAGAGUGCUCACUGCAGGCGGCGUGACGUCAGCUCUAUAGUCAGCUGGCCCUCCAUCUGAGCCGAGAGAGAGAGACCCCCCCCGUAGCGCAGUGAGACAGCACCUCCGCCCGGCUCGCCGCACCCCAUCCUCGGCCACCUGCACAACAUGACGCGCCGCGUCUCCUCUGGGCUCGGCCGGCGGACGCAGUAGGACCGGGACAUAUCGGCCACAGGCCCUUCUAUUUAUUCUUCUCGUAUUUAUUUAAUUUAUUUCUAUAUUUAUUUAUUUAUUUCGCUGUAAUGGCUGGGUUCCAUGGUUGCGGCUGCUGAGCGGCAGGUGCAUCGUCGAGGCCGUUCUCCUGGUUCGAGUAUGGACUCUCCGAGGCCCGAGCCCCAGCCCGGCCGUCCACCAGCGCAUUUCUCCCGGAAGAAUCGGCUGUUCGCAACGCGAGGACAACCGUAGCAGGGUGCGCCAGCGGCGGUGUUAGUGGUGGUCGAGGGGGGGCCCGUCACAUCAACACACAGCAGCGGAUACGUUCAUCAGCGGGUUCAAGGUUAUGGAGCUAAACGGGAGCGGUGAUUGGUGUUAUUUGCGGCGUCCUGAAGUGUUUUUGUGUGUCUAGAUAAGGGCUGUAUUUCGCAGCACCGUUGGCGUUGACUUUACGAGAAACACUCCCGAUCGGUUAAGCCUCUACAGGCAGAGACACCCCGUGGAAUAGGUCGCCAUCUCGCCCGGCGGACAAGAUGAUGGACCUCCAGAUCGACGAGGUGGUGUACCAGGACGACUACGGCUCCGUGUCCGUGAUGUCGGAGCGCGUGUCGGGCCUGGCCAACAGCAUCUACCGGGAGUUCGAGCGGCUGAUCCGCAGCUACGACGAGGAGGUGGUGAAGGAGUUGAUGCCGCUGGUUGUCAACGUGCUGGAGAACCUGGACGGCGUGCUGACGGAGAACCAGGAGCACGAGGUGGAGCUGGAGCUUCUGAAGGAGGACAACGAGCAGCUCAUCACGCAAUACGAGCGGGAGAAGGCGCUGCGGAAGCAAGCGGAGGAGAAAUUCAUCGAGUUUGAGGAUGCCCUGGAGGCAGAGAAGAAGGACCUGCAGGUGCAGGUGGAGGUCCUGGAGCUGACGGGGAAACAGCUGGAGCUCAAGACCAAGAACUACUCGGACCAGAUCACGCGUCUGGAGGAGCGGGAGUCGGACAUGAAGAAGGAGUACAACUCACUGCACCAGCGCCACACCGAGAUGAUCCAGACCUACGUGGAGAACAUCGAGCGGACCAAGAUGCAGCAGGUCGGGGGCCACGGCCAGCCCGAGGGCCCGGGCUCCGGACGCAUUCAUCGGGCGUCCUGGAAGAAGAGCAGCAAAGCGGACCGGCCCCCAUCGCUCAGCCUGUACCCCGGCGCAGAGGGCAUGGUACGUGGGGGUCCUGGGGGGGCUCAGACCGGGUCCGGGAAAGACUCGUGGCCGGGCCAGCCGUGCCCGCCCAACUCCGGCCCGGGCUACCAGGAGGACGGCUCGGAGUCCGACUCGGUGGCGGCCACGCCCAGCAGCGCGGGCAGCAAGUCGAACACGCCCACGUCCUCGGUGCCCUCGGCCUCCGUCACGCCGCUCAACGAGGGCUUCCCCGCCCACGGGGACCUCGACGCCAUGAGGGCCGGGAACGCACGCAAGGGCGGAGCCAAGAGGCUGAGCCGCAACAUGGAGGUGCAGGUCUCCCAGGAGACACGCAACGUCAGCAUCGGGAUGGGCCGCAGUGAGGAGUGGUCCGAGUUCCAGGAGAUCAUCGACUCCACGCCGGAGCUGGACAUGUGUGUUGACCCCCGCAUGUACGGAGGAGGAAACAGCCCCUCCCAGGGCAUCGUGAACGAGGCGUUCGGCAUCAACACGGACUCUCUGUACCACGAGAUCAAAGACGCCAAGUCGGACAUCAUCGGAGACGUGGACGCAGGCGCGGAGCUACUGGGGGAGUUCUCAGUCCGGGAUGAUUUCUUCGGGAUGGGCAAGGAGGUGGAGAACCUGCUGACGGAGAACAAACAGCUGCUGGAGACCAAGAACGCUCUGAACAUCGUGUCCAACGACCUCAUCGCCAAGGUGGACGAGCUGUCCGGGGAGCAGGCCUCGCUGAGGGAGGAGCUAGAGGCCGUCCGGCUGGCCCGCAGCAAGCUGGACGCCCGCGUCAAGGAGCUGGAGGAGGAGCUCAAGAGGCUGAGGGCCGAGGCACUGGGGGCCUCCCAGGAGGGCAAGGACGAGGCCGGAGACGACUACUCGUCCCCCAUGCAGGACGGGGACGUGUCCAUGACCCAGCGGCGGCGCUUCACGCGGGUGGAGAUGGCCCGCGUGCUGAUGGAGCGCAACCAGUACAAGGAGAGACUGAUGGAGCUGCAGGAGGCCGUCCGCUGGACCGAGAUGAUCAGGGCCUCCCGGGAGAGUCCGGCCAUCCAGGAGAAGAAGAAGUCCACCAUCUGGCAGUUCUUCGCCCGUCUGUUCAGCACCUCGUCCAGCCCCCCCCCUGUGAAGCGGCCGUACUACAGCGUCAACAUCCACUACAAGUCUCCGUCGCCGGCCGGCUUCCCCCAGCGCCGCAGCCACACCAUGUGCCAGAUCUCCACCUCCAACCGCACCCUGGAGUUCUUCCCCGAAGAGCUGGCCAGUAACGGUGUUGCGUCUCUCCUCAGCGACUCUGCGCUGUCGGCGCGGCGGGAGCAGCGGCGGGAGCAGUACCGGCAGGUCAGGGAGCACAUGAGGAGGGACGACGGCAUCAUGCAGGCCUGUGGCUGGAGCGUUCCCUCCCGCCUCAAACAGCCCCUCCCUCAGAUUGAGAGUGCACCGGCCGGACCGCUGAAGACCCAACAGCCAACCAAUGAGAAAGAAGACAACCGAAUGAAGAAUGUGCCCGUUCCUGUGUACUGUCGCCCCCUGGUGGAGAAGGACCCCAACAGAAAGCUGUGGUGCGCGGCUGGCGUGGACCUGACCGGCUGGACGGUGGGCAGUCAGGACGCGCUGGCGCUGAAGGGGGGCGGAGCCGACCCCCUGACCUCUGAGGGCGGCGGGAGCAGCCACGGCUCCCCGGAGAAGAGGAGGCCCCCCUCUGACCCCCUGCGCCCCCAGUCCAGGGAGCUGCAGGCGGUGGACCCCCUGGGGUCCCGGGUCUGGAUCCUGACCAGCACCCACUCAGCCAGUAAGGUGGUGAUCAUCGACGCCAACCAGCCCGGCUCGCUGGUCGACCAGUUCAACGUGUGCAACGCCCACGUGCUCUGCAUCUCCAGUGUGCCAGCGGCCAGCUCCAGCGACUACCCGGCGGGGGAGAUCGUGCUGGAGGCGGGCGACGGGGGCGGGGCUAGCGAGGAGGCGGGGGGAGUGGAGGGUAUGUUGGCGGGCAUCACUCUAGUGGGCUGUGCCACUCACUGCAGCGUGGCCCGCAGCAACUGCUCCUCGCGCACAGACACCCCCAUACUAGACAAGGGACAAGCGCCCAUCGCCCCCAUCGCCAACGGGAAGCUGCCCCCGCCCUCGGCGCCGUCGGCCGAGGAGGCGCUGGAGGCCACCGAGGUCCCGGAGCCCCCCCCCAGCCUGGAGGCCCGGCCCGGGCCCCUGGGGCCCUUCACCGAGCACGUCUUCACCGACCCCCCGCCCCGCCUGGGGGACGCUGGCGACCGGACGGUCCCGUCCAAAGAAGACCCUUCGGCCCCCCCGGACACCGAGGAGGGGGGCGAGGACGCCAAGAACUGCACCAGCGUGGCCCCCACCAUGUGGCUGGGGGCCCAGAACGGCUGGCUCUAUGUCCACUCUGCGGUCGGUAACUGGAAGAAGUGUCUCCACUCCAUCAAACUCAAGGACUCAGUGCUGAGCUUGGUGCAUGUGAAGGGGCGUGUCCUGGUUGCCCUCGCAGAUGGGACCCUCGCCAUCUUCCAUCGCGCUGAGGACGGGCAGUGGGACCUCUCCAACUACCACCUGAUGGACCUGGGCCGCCCCCACCACUCAAUCCGCUGCAUGGCCGUGGUCCACGACAAGGUGUGGUGCGGCUACAAGAACAAGAUCCACGUCAUCCAGCCCAAGAGCAUGCAGAUCGAGAAGUCGUUUGACGCCCACCCCCGCCGGGAGAGCCAGGUGCGGCAGCUGGCCUGGAUCGGGGAUGGGGUCUGGGUCUCCAUCCGGCUGGACUCCACGCUGCGGCUGUACCACGCGCUCACACACCAGCACCUCCAGGACGUGGACAUAGAGCCCUACGUCAGCAAGAUGCUGGGCACCGGCAAGCUGGGCUUCUCCUUCGUGCGCAUCACGGCGCUCCUGAUUGGAGGGAACCGGCUGUGGGUGGGGACGGGGAACGGCGUGGUCAUCUCCAUCCCGCUCACCGAGACUGUAGUCCUCCACCGGGGACAGCUGCUGGGUCUGAGGGCCAAUAAGGUGUCGCCGACUUCGUCCGGCGGCGUGAUCCACGUGUACGGCGACGACAGCUCGGAGAAGAGCAGCGGCGGCAGCUUCAUCCCGUACUGCUCCAUGGCGCAGGCGCAGCUCUGCUUCCACGGCCACCGAGACGCCGUCAAGUUCUUUGUGUCGGUGCCAGGCAACGUGCUGGCCACCCUGAACGGCAGCGUGCUGGACAGCCCGUCGGAGGGCCAAGGGUCCUCAGCCCCCCCGGAGACGGAGGCCCAGAGCGUGCAGAACGUCCUGGUGCUCAGCGGGGGCGAGGGCUACAUCGACUUCCGCAUCGGCGACGGGGAGGACGAUGAGACGGAGGAGGGCGGCGGGGAGGCGGGCCCGGCGCCGCAGAUGAAGCCGGCGCUGUGCAAGGCGGAGCGUAGCCACAUCAUCGUGUGGCAGGUGUCCUACGUCCCCGAGUGACCUGCACCUCCUCCACCCAGCUCCUCCUCCUCCACCCGGCUCCUCCUCCUCCACCCAGCUCCACCUCCUCCACCAGCUCCUCCUCCUCCUCCACCCAGCUCCACCUCCUCCAGCUGCUCCUCCUCCACCCAGCUCCUCCUCCUCCACCCAGCUCCUCCUCC